AGGUACAUGCUCACUCUCUAUAGUUAUUUUCUGGCUCCUGGUUUUGGUGCAUCCUCAUAGUGGUUUAUGGUUUAGAGGAUCUUUUCCUUUCCAUUAUUCUGUUUUCACCAGUUUAAAAGUGUUGCAUUAUCACAUUCUUUGAGGCUAAUGAUGAGACUAAUCCAUAUCAGGGUGUUUAAUCUUUAAUCCCAAAUGGGGUUAGGUUAAAGCCAAGGGCCCAUGGGCUUAUUAUGCUUAUGAUUUGCAUGUGUUGCUUUCAAGAGAAAAGGGAGCUUUUUGGUUGGUUGGCUCUUUUAGCAGAUUGCUGUUCUGAGAGACUCUGCAUUUUGCAACCAAGUGCUUGAAUUCGGAAUCUGAGGAUAAAUUCUCGAGAGUUUCAGUUAAUUGCUCGUGAGAUUUUAGGGAAACUCAUAAACAUGUGUUGAAACUGGGUUUUGAUUUUGUUUUUGUAGCCCUCUGGUGUGUUUGAUGUAAUUUUGUGGGUUGGGUUAGGUUACAUAUAUGUUAAGCAUCUUUGGUGAUUGUGCAAGUUCAAGUGUUUUCAAUGUGAUUUGAGGACAAAGAUGAAAUCCUUGAGUAGUGUAGGUCUUGGUCUCAGUAUUAUUUUUGGUUGCCUUUUGUUGGCUCUGGUAGCUGAGGUUUACUAUCUGCUAUGGUGGAAGAAGAGGAUAACCAACAGAGAGAUUGAGAAUGAUUAUGGCAACCCUGUGAAGGAAUUGUUCUACAUGUUUUGUUGGAAAAGGCCAUCAUCAUCAUCAUCUUCUUUGAGGCAAACAAGUUUCACUCCUCCUGAGCUAUGUUCUUCAAUGAGAAUUGGUGACACCCUUGUUCAUGACCCAGAACAAGUUCAUUCUCACAGUGGCAAGGACUUUGUUUUCAAACCGUUUGGGGAUGAUAGCAUCGAUGCAGAGUACAUGAGGCAACAGGAUCUCUUAGGUCCUCCAAGGUUCUUGUUCACCAUAGUAGAAGAAUCAAAAGAAGAUUUAGAAUCUGAUGAUGGAAAAUCAAAGUGUGACAAGAGUGGAAAAGGUUCAAGGGGUAGAAGCUUGGGUGAUUUGCUGGUUGUGGAGACACCAUACAUGACACCUACUUCUUCUCCACCUUUUUUCACUCCUCCUUUUGGUACUCCUAUCAGUCCCUAUAACCAGCGAGGAUUCAACCCUCUUUUUGAAACAGCAACUGAUGCUGAGUUCAACAGAUUAAAGUCCUCACCUCCUCCAAAAUUCAAGUUCUUGCAGGAAGCAGAAGAGAAGCUUAGAAGAAAACUAGAACAAGAUGAAAAUAAGGGACAUGGAGAUGAGGUUGAAGGUGGUUCUUUCAUCACAAUAGUUGUUGACAAGAAAACAGAAAAAGAGGUUAAUCACCACCAACAUCCUCGUCCACCACAGUACCAUUCAAGCACUUCACAGGUACUUCCAUUAGCUUCAUGACACAUUCACCAAACAAGAAGAAAGAAACCAGCUAACACCAAAGUUCUGGCAAGUCAAUUAUGAGUUUAUUUCUUCAUUAAUCUUUCUAAUUACAUGUUGAACAAUCCCACCUUUUUCGUAAUGGGAAUUUGUUUCUCCCCUUGAGUUGUAUUGGGAUGCAGUUAUGGUUUAAUCUGCUAAGCCAGUUGUGAGAUGUACUACUCUCAAUGUUUCAUAACCAUAUGGGGGACCAUAUUUUCAGCGCAUAAAUGCUUCAAGGUGGGUCUGAUGAAAUUGGAAAGUUUAUUUAUAUUUCAUUUUACUAAACCUUACAAGGCUUCUUGUAGAGAGUGAGAAAUGGGGUAGAAAGAUCAAGAAGAACUUUCAAGAAAGUUGUUGAAAAUGUCAUGUCAUGGUAAAUAUCUCCAAAAAUCUAAAAUCUAAUGACAUGCUAUGAUUUGUGUAA